GAUGAUGAGAAUUGGAAGUUUGUCCCAAAACUCACUAGAUACUACCCGCAGCCCUCGCCCAAAAACCCAGAAUGAACGUCAAAAUCACCAGACCCAAAGCCCAUCACUCCCCAAAUCCCUCAAACAAGGCUCUGAUUUUUGCCCCGGAAAAGGCAUUCCGAGUCUUUCAAAUUGGUGUCACCUUAUAAGAAGUUACCUCUCUCAAGGAGCCCCAAGAGAAGCCCUUCUUGUGUAUACUGGUUUGCGCAGGAAAGGUGUAUUCCUUCUGGGUGUGGCGCCUUUGGUUCUCAAGGCUUGUGCUUCUCUUUCCAUAGUGAAGCAUGGAAAAGCUUUGCAUGCUGAGUCAAUCAAGAAUGGGGUAGACUUUGAUGUAAUGAUUGGAACUUCGUUGGUUUGUAUGUAUGCAAAAUGUGGGAAUGUUGUUGAUUCUCGUAAAGUAUUUGAUUAUAUGCCUGAGAGGAAUGCGGUGACAUGGAAUGCGAUGAUAUGUGGAUACAUGGGGAAUGGAGACAGCAAGUCCGCGGUGUUAUUAUUUGAAAAGAUGUCUAUACGAACUGCAGUGACAUGGAUUGAAAUGAUUGAUGGGUUUGCAAGGAGCGGGGAUACUGAGACUGCUAGGCGUUUCUUUGAUGAUGUUCCAUCUGAGUUGAGGAAUGUAGUAACUUGGACUGUGAUGGUUGAUGGGUAUGCUAGAAAUGCGGAGAUGGAGGCUGCAAGGGAAGUUUUUGAGGGGAUGCCUCAGAGGAAUUUCUUUGCUUGGUCAUCUAUGAUCUCUGGGUACUGCAAGAAGGGUAAUGUUAAGGAGGCAAGGUCUAUUUUUGAUCGAAUUCCAGUAAGGAAUCUGGUGAAUUGGAAUUCCCUAAUUUCUGGGUAUGCACAAAAUGGGUUUUCUGAGGAAGCUUUGGAAGCAUUUGGAAAAAUGCAAGCUGAAGGGUUUGAGCCAGAUGAGGUCACGAUAGCCAGUGUUUUAUCUGCUUGUUCUCAGUUGGGCAUGUUGGAUGCUGGUAAGAAAAUUCAUCACAUGAUGAAUCAUAAGGGCAUAAAGCUAAAUCAGUUUGUUCUGAAUGGACUGGUUGACAUGUAUGCAAAGUGUGGAGAUUUAGCUAAUGCAAGACUGAUCUUUGAAGGGAUGGCUCAUAGGAACAGGGCCUGUUGGAAUUCCAUGAUCUCAGGUUUUGCCAUUCAUGGACAAAGUAAGGAGGCUCUUGAGUUUUUUGGCAGAAUGGAGGACUCCCAUGAGGGGCCAGAUGAGAUAACUUUCCUCUCAGUGCUCUCAGCAUGUGCACACGGGGGGUUUGUGAAUGCAGGUUUAGAAAUUUUCUCUAGGAUGGAAAAAUAUGGCUUGACAACGGGCAUCAAACAUUAUGGUUGUUUGAUUGACCUUUUGGGGCGCGCAGGGAGAAUUAAAGAGGCUUAUGAUUUGAUCAAGAGAAUGCCAGUGAAACCAAAUGAUGUAGUUUGGGGCGCCCUUCUUGGAGCUUGCCGGGUUCAUUUGGACAUGGAGAUGGCAGACCGGGUGGUGGAAGAGAUUGUUAAAGUGGAUUCUAACAUUAGCUCUGGAUGUGAUUCACAUUAUGUGCUGCUGUCAAAUAUUUAUGCUGCUUCUGAUAGAUGGGAGAAGGCUGAAAAGAUGAGGAUGGAAAUGGCGAAUAAAGGGUUUCAAAAGACAACAGGGUGCAGUUCAAUUAUGCCAGGCAACACCACCCAUGAGUAAAUCAUGCCAGUGGUUCAUACCCCAUCAGCUAUGAAGUGAAGUCUAAAGCAUCUUGCUAAAUCCAUAUAUCCAUUCGUCAUGAGAGCAUGGAUUUGGGAUUGAAAGGGCACUGCCCCCAAUUCACCAGACAAGAGGAAACUUUCUUCCUUCCAAUGUCAGGGCAACAUGCUUCCAGGCCAUCAUGUACCUUGCAGAGAAGUGAUGGGCAACAGGUGGUUUGCUUGAAACAGUUUUAGAAAAAGCAAUCGCAAAGGAGCUGAACCAUGGAAAUUUUGAUCAUGGAGAAAGUGGAAGGUUGGCCUCUAGGUAUACUAGUAAAACCACUGCCAGGCAACUUCUACAAAGCUUCUCCCAAGAUUCAAUGUGAACCAAAAAUAUGUGGUUCAAAAAUGAAUUCUAUUUUUCUAUACAUGCAAUUUUUUUGUUGUAAAUUUCAUUGUAGGAGAAGGAUAUUAUAUUUAUGCUCCCUCAAUUCAUAGAAAUAUCUCGACUAGACAACACGGAAAGAGUCAGCUAUCUUUUUUAAAUCCUUGUAAUGUCUUUUCCAUUGAAGACCUGCAGAAAUAAGUAACCUAUAAUCAGUUAUAGCUCAUUUUGCGAGACACAAACUUCAUUUAUGGCUAACAAUUUCUUGUUUUUUGAUAUGAAGCAUGAGAGGACGAAGAAAUUCUAUACCACUUGCAGUUACACUGAACAAGUAAAGGCGAUUUCCCGCUGCAGUUGCUGUGAUAAGAACAUGAGGUGGCUCCAAUUCGAACUGGUAAUAUGUUCUUCCUGAGUGCUCCACUACUCCCAUGCUCAAGACUUUUCCUUCUACAUUCUCCCCAAUCACUUCUGGUCCAAAAGCAGCGAUCACUUUCUCUGGAGGUCCUAUUUUUUCAACUGUAGCAUCAUCCCCAAGAUCUGUACAUCAUAGCAACACUAUGAUAAGAAAUGAAUAUCUGAGGCUAGUGAACCAAGUUCACCAUGGAAAACUACUUCAGAACUGCAUUUCAUUUCAAGAUUCCUGUCCACUAGUCAAGGUCUUAAAUACAAGAUCUGUCAGAAACUUACUGUCUGCAAAUCUGAGAACUGGAGCAACAAUGACAAAUAAACGCCCUUCCUUAGAAUUGGCAAACCUCAAAUCGAUCUCUGUCCCACCUAGAUCUGCAAUUGAUACAGGAACCUGUGACAUGGAUCAAGAAGCUUAUUUGGUGAAAUUGUGGUAGAGGUAGAUGUCCAGGAAGGGGGAAAAUGAAUCAAUAUAGGGGUCGAGUCUAUGGUCCAGUGGAGGUAGAUUAUUACCUCUUCCCAACCAGAAGGGACUGAAAAGAUGUAAGGAAUAAUCGGACUCCAUCCAACACCAUGGCCUCCAGAUUUUUCAUCCGGUCUCCGGUAUGUCCUCCAACCUGUCUGAGCACAUCUUUACUAAUCAAGGUGACAGUUCACUUUACAACAGAGAGAGCUCUAAGUGACCCAGUUGCUUUAGCAUGUUAAUUUAAGUUUCAAGAAAGGGAUUCCGCACAUAGUUUUGGCUGAAUGUGGCAAAACUGCAGAAAAUAUUUGCAAAUGUACAUGGGGAAAAAUGUGAAAUUUGGUUAUUGUGUCUAUUUAAGCCUAUCUUCCAACCUCGCAAGAUGGCAUAUAAUGUGAUUUUUCACAUGGAAGAACAAUAGUUGGAGAGGGGAGAAGAAAUCAGAGAUGAUUUUGUUUU